AUGCCGGAAAAAGAAACUUUCCACGAGCAUAUGCAAGUGCACCCUUUCCACCAUCCAGGCCACUCCUUAGCAGCACAUCAUGCGCACCAUCAUCCACAGGCAGGAUUGGCAGCACACGGGUUAAGUGCAGCUGCUGCAGCAGCAGCGGCAGCGGCAGCAGCCGCAGCCAAUGGAGCUGGGCCCGCCGGAAGUGGUGCGUAUGGGCCGCUGCAAAUCCCGUCGGCAUUUGUGGCAUUUCACACGCAACUGCCUGCUGCAGCUGGGCUCGACCAGAGAACCCCCCACGAUGGUCGUUACCUUUGGGAUCCUACAGGAUCUCCUUCUGCAUCAUCUUUUCAUCAUCCCCAUCACACAUCUCCGCAUGGCUUGCCCAGUAAUGCAAAUUUUGCCGAACUACAAUUUUUGAGUGCUCGACGAGCGGCCGUUGCAGCAGCCGUAGCUAGUGCUGAAGUUGCACAAGUCAGCGGAACAGUAUUACCUCCCCAUCCACCCGCUCCGGCAACGGUGGUUCCGCUAACAAUUUCUCCGCCGGCCACAUCUGGUGUAUCAUUAAAGGGGGACGCUGAGAGAUCUUGCAACACCGGCACGACACCGAUCGGUAACGGAACCUCACCGACAGCUGGAGGUACCGGCGCAUCCAGUCCAGGGCUGCCUACGCCAAACGGUACCACAGGAACAAGUGCUGGGCAGACUAACAUCCCCGUACCGGUACCACAUCCUAGUGACUUCCAUCCUGCCUACAGAAUACCGGGAUACAUGGAGCACCUGUACUCGUUACAACACGCUUCGGCGUCUCUCCACGGUUUAGGAUUGACAUCGGAGUACAUCAAUGCCAGGAACGCAAUUGCCGAUCUGCAUCCAGCAAGUUCUCUAGCUAGUGCGGAUUUUCAUUUCAGCAUUGACGCAACCAGCCGACUCAACAGUCCUCGUCCGGGUAGCAUUCGUGCAAGUGUCAGCCGAAAACGUGCCCUGUCGUCAUCGCCAUAUUCCGACUCGUUCGACAUAAGUUCUAUGAUACGAUACUCCCCAAACUCUCUAGCAUCACUAGUAAAUGCGUCGCGUAGUAGUAGCACCAGCGGUUCCUAUGGCCACUUGUCGGCCAGUGCGCUUAGUCCUGCUUUGGGUAUGCACAACGCAAUGCCACCACACCUUCAGCAUCUACUACGUAGCAGCGGGUUUCUUCAUACACUGCCUGGUCAUCAUACACCAACGGCCAGUAUGUUUUCGUUGACUCAUCAUCCGCUGCAUGCAGGACACUCGUUGAACAAACCACAGCAAAUAACUGAUCUAUCGAACAAAAGACAAGAACAACCGACAUCCAGCUCUCAAGUGACUCGCGUCGAGGCGGACAGCGCUAGCAACGCGCAGCAAAAAAAGUUACGCGUUAAACGAGAGAGCACUUCCCAUGUAUAUUCGCAUAAACCAAGCGCACAAGAAGACUGCACGCCAAUGAUAACUUCAAAUCACCUACCCAGCCCUACAUCGACCCAAGGACCUACAAAUGGAGCGAUUUCAACAACAUCCACUACUAAAAAUGGAGGGCUCAAUUUAAGUCCAAUCCAACGAGAAAUGAACAACGGAGGACAGGGGCUAGAACGCAGCGCAGCACUUGCUGGCGGUGGUAUGGACAUUAGUUGUAACGGCAACGCUAUGGGCGAUGGUGGUGUGUAUGGAGAGGAAAGUGGUGGUCGUGAUGGGGGUAUCCGUGCAGAUACUACUGAUCCGAAGGAUGAACCAGGAGAUUUCAUCGAAACCAACUGCCAUUGGCGUGAAUGUGCUUUGGAAUUUAACACACAGGACGAAUUGGUGAAGCACAUCAACAACGAUCAUAUCCAUGCAAAUAAAAAAUCCUUCGUAUGUCGCUGGGAAGAUUGCUCGCGUGAUGAAAAGCCUUUUAAAGCGCAAUACAUGCUUGUAGUGCACAUGCGCCGCCAUACGGGCGAAAAACCACACAAGUGUACGUUCGAAGGCUGUUGCAAAGCGUAUUCAAGACUGGAAAAUCUUAAGACUCACCUUCGCUCACAUACCGGUGAAAAACCAUACACCUGCGAAUAUCCCGGAUGCAGCAAGGCAUUCAGCAAUGCGUCUGAUCGUGCCAAACAUCAAAACCGGACACACAGCAAUGAGAAACCGUACGUCUGUAAAGCACCGGGAUGCACGAAACGAUACACGGAUCCCAGUUCUUUGCGAAAACACGUGAAAACUGUCCAUGGUGCGGAGUUUUAUGCGAACAAAAAACACAAGGGCAACAAUUACGGUGGUGGUGGCAGCAAUGGCGGUGAUGGGCCUGGAGAGGAUGGUGAAGGAUCAAACCACAUGUUUGAUAGCAGUCCACACAGUGAGGACAAGACAACGAGCAUGAGCAGCCCUAGCAUUAAGUCAGAAUCAGAUGCUAAUUCACCCAGCCAUCCACCAAUCAGCAGUCCGAUGUCACUAUCAGCGCUUACUGCUGGACUUGGCGAAGACUUCCAUGAGGGUAGUAACAUGCAGCUGGGUAACAUUGUUGGACUCGAUGACCCGGUUUGGCCAUAUGUAGAUGAAGAUCUGGAAGUAGCCGAUCUGCCAUAUGUACUUCGCGAAAUGGUAGAUUUAGGUGGACCUACAGGGACGGCCGCAGUAUCGGCUCGUAACAAUCCAAGGAAUCGGUUUAAGAAUCGUAUCAACAACAAAGGUUCGCUGCUGGGCAGUAGCCCGUUGUCUAACAUUCCGGAAAUGAAUAGCCAAAACAUGCAAAACUAUGGACUAGGCGACCUGAACAAAAAAAUUACUGAUCUCAAGAUGGAACCAGGAGUUACACCACCUCCCCAACCAAUCUCACACCCUUCGCCCACAAUUGGUAAGACCGGACAGACUGAUCCGAUGCGUCCGUUGCUACCACCUGCAUCUACAUCUACGACCAUGAUGAUGAUGAAUGCAUAUCUUAAUCCAGCCGCAGCACAGAACCGACGAGAUAGUAAUAACAGCACAACGAGCAGCUCAUAUUACAGCAUGCGCUCGGUCGACAUUAGCCGCCGGAGUAGUCAGGCAUCGCAACAAAGCACAAUAUCAACCAUGCGACCCAACUACUAUAAUUCCUCUUCGCUCUAUGAUCCUAUCUCACCUGGUAGUUCGCGUCGUUCCAGUUCCAUGUCAACAGUUACAACUGGUGGUCAAAGUUUACCUCCUCCGCCUUCCUCUCAUCUGAUAUCAACGCAUCUUCAGCGGUUUGGUGGAAAUGGCCAGAUGAUUGGCUCGAUGAGUGCUACAGGAGCACAAUCUAGUGGAAAUGGGAGUGGAGCUCGACAUUCCAUACCGAACAAUCUGACGAACAAUGGCUUUUACGGACAGCAACAAAACGUUUUAUCAUCUCAAAUAGAUCGCCGAAUGUCUGAGCCAGUUGCUAGCGGUUCCAACACAAUUGGUACAGGAUCUAUGAUGGGACGAUUGAACUCUCAAUAUGUGAAUCGUCGAAUGGGCACGGCAAACAAUGCAACAGCCACGCGUGGCCCGCCCACCUCAACCAUUACCACCAUGCCGACAUGCACUGCAACUUCCGGAGUAGAACCGGGAACAUCGGCAACUAAUAACAAACAUACAACUCCUCCUACCGCCAACAAAUUGCAUCCUAACCAGGAAGUAGUACUGGAUGAAGUAGAAGAGGGAGAAAUGGUAGAAAACAAGCUUGUUAUACCAGAUGACAUGUUGCAGUAUCUCAACCAGGUUGCAGAUAUGGCUGGAGAGGCAGGACCAUGUAGCAAUAAGCCUGCUUUGCCCCAAACCCAUGCAACUGCUUUGACGGACAGCGCUCUUACAAGCCCCAGAAAUAAUCCUUGGAACACUCCCCAGCACGAGGUCGGAUCUAACAGCAAUUUUCAGAUUGGACCCACAGAAGCUUCGUCAAAUAUGAGAGCCAGCUUUUCUCAGCCACGAAUAACGACAGCCAACAUGCUGAUGAGCCCACAGUCCCAGUACAGCAAUGAUGAAUCCAGUCUUAUGAACAAUAUUAUGUCACCGCAGGCACCGCAACAUCAGACAAUGUCCCCGAUGAUGUCAGAAAAUUUGGCGGCUCCAGUGACACCCACCACUAACAAUUAUUCGGCAUCGUCUUCGAACAUACCACCUCAACAACUUCAAACACAGCCCGCCAUAUCACAUACUACGCAUACACCGGUGCAAUGCCAAUUAAUAAACAACGGGUUACAAAAUUUCAGCAGCGAAAACAACUUCUCUUUGGGUAACGGAACUAGUUGUUAUUCCCAACAACAGCAGCAGCAACAACAGCAGCAUCAACAACAGCAACAGCAGCAACAGCAACAGCAGCAGCUGCAACCACAACAGCAUCAGCAGCAGCAACAAUCUUGUACAGGACGAAAUCGUCCAAUUGCUUGUUCUAAUAUGAUCGGGUACUAUCACAGAACCGAUCAAAGUGCUCAUCAUUGCUGUCUAGCUAUGAUGAUGCAGGGGUCACUUCACAUUAACCAACCAACUAAUAGUGCACUCAGCCAGCAAAAUGCCAGUGGUACUCCCCAACCUCAAUCACAAAUGAAUCAGUAUAAGAAUCCGUUCAGUCUUAACCUCGCCAGUUUUAAUACGGGUAAUAACACAAAUCAAAAUACGGUGGCUCAGGGUAGCAAUCCAGCUUCAAACAUCGAGAUACAAUGUGGUGACAUCAGUCAAUCGCAAAUGUCCCCUGCGAUCGCAACGAUGGCUCCGACUGGAAUUAAUCCUUCGCUUGUCAUAGAAACCCAGCAACAUACAGAAAACAUUGAAAUAGCACCGCCAGUGUGCCAGCAACCGAUGGAAAGCAGCCUGCAGACACCUCCAUUACCUUCUACGCCGACUGGUUUUGGAGAAUCCGUUUCAGGGCCGCAACCAGCACCAUUACCAAUGUCCAUUACCGCCGAUACCGAUAUGACGAUGGGACAAACAGACCACGGCAAUGCCAUGGGUUCGGAUACAUAUCAACGAACACUCGAGUAUGUGCAAAAUUGUCAGAAUUGGAACGAAUCGGCGGAUACGGUCAGCAGUAGCACCCAUCCUUCGUCAAAUCUUGUCAUUAAUGAUAUGAGUACGUCGUUAAGUUCGUACUUUGAAGAGGAUCGCUACCUGCAAAUGAUACAAUAGAUAUUUGAUU